GAUCAAGGAAUGGCGGCCCACAUAAGCCAGAACCGGCUCAGGGCCAAGGGCGUAGGCCAACACCACAAUGCCGAGAACUUCAACAACCAGAAUUAUGAGGACCUGCAAGCAGCCUGUCUGAGGAGGGGGGAACUGUUCGAGGACUCCUUUUUCCCCGCCGAACCCAGUUCCUUGGGCUUCAACGAUCUGGGCCCCAGCUCCAAAAAUGUGCAGAACAUCUCCUGGCAGCGGCCUUGUCAAAUCACAAGCACUCCUCACUUCAUCGUGAACGGGCUCAGUCCAACAGAUGUGUGCCAAGGCGUACUUGGGGACUGCUGGCUGCUGGCUGCCAUUGGUUCCCUUACCACAUGCCCCAAACUGCUGUAUCGUGUGGUACCCAGGGGGCAGAGCUUCAGGAAAAACUAUGCUGGCAUUUUCCAUUUUCAGAUUUGGCAGUUUGGGCAGUGGGUGGACGUGGUGGUGGACGACCGGCUGCCCACAAAGAAUGGCAAGUUGGUGUUUGUGCAUUCCGCCGAGCGCACUGAGUUCUGGAGCGCCCUGCUGGAGAAGGCAUAUGCCAAGCUGAACGGGUCUUAUGAAGCGCUGUCGGGGGGCAACACCGUGGAGGGCUUUGAGGACUUCACAGGGGGUGUGACCUAUAGCCUCCAACUCCAGAAGCCCCCUCGGAACCUGCUGAGGAUGCUCAGGAAGGCCAUCGAGCGAUCCUCCCUCAUGGGCUGCUCCAUCGAAGUCACCAGCAAUAGCGAGUUGGAGACCUUGACCCAGAAGAUGCUGGUGAGAGGGCAUGCUUAUUCCGUAACCGGCAUACAGGAUGUCUGGUACCAAGGCCGGGCAGAAACCCUGAUUCGGGUCCGGAAUCCCUGGGGCCGGAUCGAGUGGAAUGGAGCCUGGAGUGACAACGCCAGGGAGUGGGAAAGUGUGUCUCCGGACCUCCAGAGCCAGCUCCUGCUCCGGAAGGAGGACGGGGAGUUCUGGAUGUCCUACGAAGACUUCCUGGACAAUUUCACGCUGCUGGAGAUCUGUCACCUGACGCCCGAUGCCCUCUCCGGGGACUACAAGACCUGUUGGCACACCACCUUCUAUGAGGGCAGCUGGCGGCGCGGCAGCACCGCGGGGGGCUGUAGGAACCACCCAGACACAUUCUGGAGCAACCCCCAGUUUAGGAUCUCUCUCCCUGAGGAGGAUGACGAGGACAACCCGGAGGACAACAAAGCCGUGUGCACCUGCCUGGUGGCCCUUAUGCAGAAGAACUGGCGACAGGCGCGGCCCCGGGGAGCCCAGCUGCAGACCAUUGGCUUUGUCAUCUACGAGGUCCCAAAGGAGUUUCAGAACAUCCAGGAUUUUCGCUUGAAGAAGGACUUCUUCAUCAAGUAUCAGGACCACGGCUUCUCAGAGAUCUUCACUAACUCACGGGAGGUGACCAGCCAUCUCCGGCUGCCUCCAGGGGAAUAUGUCAUCAUUCCCUCCACCUUUGAGCCCCACAAGGAUGCUGACUUCCUGCUUCGGGUCUUCACAGAGAAGCACAGCGAGUCCUGGGAACUGGAUGAAACCAACUAUGCUGAGCUACUCCAGGAGGAGAAAUUCUCUGAGAAGGACAUAGAUCCGGACUUCCUACGUUUGUUUGAGAUAGUGGCAGGAGGGGAGGACAAGGAGAUAGGCAUGUAUGAGCUACAGAAGCUACUCAACAAGGUGGUCACCAAACUCAGAAACUUCAGGACCGAGGGCUUCGGCCUAGACGUGUGCCGCUGUAUGGUCAACCUCAUGGAUAAAGAUGGCUCUGGCAAGCUGGGGCUUCCCGAGUUCCAGAUCUUGUGGAAAAAAAUCAAGAAAUGGACGGACAUCUUCCGAGAGUGUGAUGAGGACAACUCGGGCACCUUGAACUCCUAUGAGAUGCGCUUGGCACUCGAGAAGGCAGGCAUCAAACUGAAUAACAAGGUGACGCAGGUGCUGGUGGCCAGGUAUGCAAACGACGACAUGAUUGUGGAUUUUGACAGCUUCAUCAGCUGUUUCCUGAGGCUGAAGGCCAUGUUCACAUACUUUCUAUCCAUGGACCCCGAGAAUACUGGCUAUAUUCGCUUGAAUCUGAACCAGUGGCUGCAGACCACCAUGUGGGGAUAG